UGUCUCUCACCACACCACUCCAUUAGCAUCAAUCGCUCACUAUGAACCCUAUCAAAGAAGACACAAUUGACAUUGAAUCCAUUGAUGAUCAUAAAAAAGAAAGAGAAGAAUCACAACAACAUGAAAAUGAAUCUUCAUCAAUGGGGCAUGCAGAUGAAAAAUCAAUGAAUAACAAAAGGUACAUGCCCCUUUUAGUGAUCAAUUAUCUUUUACUCUUCAUUGGUUCCAUCUCAUCAAGUUUACUCUCAAAGUACUAUUUCAUCCACAAUGGUUCAAGCAAAUGGGUUUUAACUUGGGUUCAAUGUGCUGGUUUUCCUCUCUUAAUCAUCCCAAUUUUCAUCCCUUAUUAUCUCCUCAAUUCCACAAACACAAGAAAACCCUUCACUGAUUUCACAUUCAAAAUGUUCCUUGCAUCAAUUUUUGUUGGCAUCAUGUUAGGGUUUAACAAUCUUUUAAUCUCAUGGGGUGUUGCAUAUCUCCCUGUUUCAACCUCAUCACUUUUACUAUCUUCACAACUUGUUUUCAAUCUCAUUCUCUCUGCCAUCAUUGUCAAACAAAAAAUCACUUUUUCAAAUCUCAAUUGUGUUAUUCUUUUAACCUUAAGUUCAAUUAUCCUUGCCUUGAAUUCUAGUAGUGAGAGACCAAAAGGGCUAACACAAAAAUACUAUUUUAUUGGAUUCUUUUGUACCAUUGGUGCAGGGUUGUUAUUUGCAUUGUAUUUGCCAGUGGUUGAAAAGAUUUAUAAAAAGGUUUAUUGUUAUGAAAUGGUGAUGGAAAUGCAAUUUAUAAUGGAAAUUGCAGCCACUCUUUUGGCUACUAUUGGAAUGCUAUUUGAUGGUGGAUUUCAUGAUAUGAAGGAAGAAAGUGAGAAAUUUUUUGAUAAAGGAAACAGAGUUUAUUGGGUGACAAUUUUUGUUACUGUUGUGACAUGGCAGUUUUGUUUUAUGGGAACAGCUGGAAUGGUUUUUCUGACAUCUUCAAUAACUGGUGGGAUUUGUAUGACAGCUUUGUUGUCUAUGAAUGUGUUGGGAGGUGUUUUGGUUUAUAGAGAUUCUUUUGGUGGUUUGAAAGCUGUGUCAACUUUUUUGUGUAUUUGGGGAUUCUGUUCUUAUGUUUAUGGUAUGUAUGUUAAGAUGUUGGAAGAGAAAGGUAGAAGGGUGAAUAUGGAGAGGAAUGAAUCAUCCAUGGAGUUGAUUGGUGUCAUGAGGAGGAGUAGAGGUGCAACUGCUUCAUGAAUUGGUGUAGGGGAGAUACUACAAUCAAUUAAAAAGUUUUAGAUAUUUUACUAUAAAAUUGUUUGAUGGACACCCAUUUUUUUUAUACAUAUACAACACUCCAUUAAUCAUGUGCACAAAUAAUAUAGAAAAUCAUAGUUAAUUUUGUAGUUUAAUUAACUAGAAUUUUGAUUGAAAUCUUAAUUCAUCAUUUAUUCUAACAUUUUUGUGUUGGAAUUCAAUUAUGAGUAGUUAGUCCCACAUUGACCAGGAAUUGAUGCUAUAUUGGAUAUAUAAGGAGAAUGACCCAUAAACCUAAUGCCUUAAGGUUUUGGUUUGAGAUGUGGUGUAAGUCUCCUAUGAAUGCUUGUUUAGCUCAUUCCAAAUGUUGUGCUCCCUCGGAUCGUGGUUAAUUUAGUGUAACAUGUAUACGAAAAAUUAAGUGUAUUAAUAUCUUUAGUGUUUUUU